UAGAACUCCUGACUUCAGUUAGACGUUCCUGGGAGGCUGUGUCUGCACUGAGCCUAGCUGAGCACUGAUUCAUUCUGACUCGAGGUUCAAUUAUUUCUAAGCUUUGAUGGAGUUGAUUCCCAUCAUUCCGUGUGACGGAGGGCUGAAUGUUCUUUCAGACAGAAGAAUGGGGAAGAUUUGCAGCUUCGUCCUCGUCACUGUUGCUCUCAUAAUGGUCAGGGAAAGCUGGGCCUUCGAGAAUGACAACUGUUUGCAGGAGCAGGUGAGACUCAGAGCUCAGGUGCACCAGCUUGAGACCCGGGUCAAACAGCAACAGGUCAUGAUCGAACAGCUCUUGCAUGAGAAGGAAAUCCAAUUCCUCGAUAAAGGACAGGAGAACAAUUUCUUUGACCUCGGAAGCAAGAGGUAUUAUUCAGAUUGUUCAGAGAUUUACAAUGAUGGGUUUAAGCAGAGUGGAUUUUACAGAAUCAAACCUCUCUGGAGCCUGGCGGACUUUUCCGUUUAUUGUGACAUGUCUGAUGGAGGAGGAUGGACCGUAAUUCAGAGACGAUCUGAUGGCAGUGAGAACUUUAGCAGGGGUUGGAAUGACUAUGAAAGUGGCUUUGGAAACUUUGUCCAAAACAAUGGUGAAUACUGGCUGGGUAACAAGAACAUUAACUUACUGACUAUGCAAGGAGACUAUACCUUAAAAAUCGACAUGACAGAUUUUGAGAGAAAUAGUCGCUUUGCACAAUACAAAAGUUUUAAAGUUGGCGAUAAAAAGUCUUCUUACGAACUGAGAAUCGGAGAGUACUCUGGAACCGCGGGAGACUCCCUUUCCGGGACUUUCCACCCUGAAGUGCAGUGGUGGGCUGGGCACCACAGAAUGAAGUUCAGCACGUGGGACAGAGAUAAUGACAACUACAAAGGGAACUGUGCUGAGGAAGAGCAGUCUGGCUGGUGGUUUAACAGGUGUCACUCUGCAAACCUGAAUGGUGUAUAUUAUCAGGGCCCCUACACAUCAGAAACAGAUAAUGGUGUUGUCUGGUACACCUGGCAUGGGUGGUGGUAUUCCUUGAAAUCUGUGGUUAUGAAAAUUAGGCCAAAUGACUUCAUUCCAAAUAUCAUUUAGUUGUUCCUAUGGGGCUCUCCUUUCUGUAAUUCAUCUUGGUUGGAAAUAUUUGAAAAACAUAAUUCUGAAUAAUAGAUGCCUGGUGAUAGUAA